GGGCAGUGAAGGCGGAGCGCGUGAGGAGCCGGAGAGAGAAGAGAGAACCAGGGCCUUGUUCAGCCAUGGUGGUGGACCUCUGCUGCCCCCCGCGCCUGCAAUAAUACCACCCCCCACCCCACCAACAACGCCCGUUGCCCGUUGCCGUUGGCUGUGCUGCCACCGGCCACCGCCCAGCGCCCAGGCUCUCUCCGCUCCGCUCUCGCCGCAGCUCGUAUCCCAGCUCGUCGAUGCCCCUCGCCGACGCCGCCGGCCAUCAUGGGCAAGAAGGGCGGCACGUCGUGGCUCACCGCCGUCAAGCGCGCCUUCCGCUCCCCCUCUAAGGACGACAGCAGCAGCCCCACCAGGAAGGCGUCGCGUCUCCGCGAGGACGCCGACGGCGACGACGACAAGGGAAAGCGGGAGCAGCGUCGGAGAUGGCUGUUCCGUCGUUCGUCAUCCCCAUCCCCAUCCCCAUCCCCGGCACCCGCGCCCACGGCGGCAGACCACUCCCACCCGCACCCGCGGCCGGCGGCCGUGACGGAGGAGCAGCGGCACGCGAUAGCGCUAGCCGUGGCGACGGCGGCGACGGCCGAGGCAGCGGUGGCGACAGCACAGGCAGCGGCGGAGGUGGUCCGCCUCACGCGCCCGGGAGCCGUUCCGGCCUCCACCGCCGGGAGCAGCUUCGUCCGCCGCGAGCACUACGCCGCCGUCGUCAUCCAGACCGCGUUCCGGGGGUACCUGGCCCGCCGCGCGCUGCGGGCGCUCAAGGGCCUCGUGAAGCUGCAGGCGCUGGUGCGCGGGCACAACGUCCGGAAGCAGGCCAACAUGACGCUCCGGUGCAUGCAGGCGCUGGUGCGCGUGCAGGCUCGCGUCCGUGACCAGCGGAUGCGGCUCUCCCAGGACUCCAUGCUCUCCAUGUCCAUGUCCGGCGCCGGCGCCGGCGCCGCGCCGUGCGGUAGCAGCAAGUCGUCGUACAGCGUCGAUACGUCCACGUUCUGGGACUCCAAGUACGCCCACGACUACGCCGACCGCCGCUCCGUUGAGCGGUCGCGCGACGGCAGCAGCUUCGCCGCCGACGACUGGGACGACCGGCCGCGGACGAUAGAGGAGAUCCAGGCCAUGCUGCAGACCAGGAAGGACGCGGCGCUCAAGCGCGAGAGAGCGCUCUCCUACGCCUUCUCGCACCAAAUUUGGAGGAACCCGGCGGUGGCGGCGUCGGCGUCGGCGGAGGAGAUGAUGGACGUGGACGACGGGAAGCCACGGUGGGCGGAGCGUUGGAUGGCGUCGCGCGCGUCGUUCGACACAAACCGUAGCAGCAUCCGCGGGGCCGGCGGCGCGGCGGUGCCCGGGCGCGCGUCCAUGGACCAGCGGGAGCCUGUGAAGACGCUGGAGAUGGACACGGCGCGUCCCUUCUCGUACUCGACGCCACGGCGAGGUUCGUCCUCGCCGAUGCACCGCGCGCAUCAGCAGCAACAGCAGCAGCAUCCGGCGGUGGCGACGCCGUCGCCCGUGAAGGCGCGGCCGCCGAUCCAGGUGCGGUCAGCGAGCCCGCGCGUGGACCACCACAACCACCACCGCGGGUCUGGCGGUGGCGGGAGCUACACGCCGAGCCUGCUCCACUCGCAGCGUCACGCGUCGUCGUCCGCAGCGGCGGUGCCGAACUACAUGGCUGCGACGGAGUCGGCGAAGGCGCGCGUGCGGUCGCAGAGCGCGCCACGGCAGCGGCCCGCGACGCCGGAGCGGGACCGCGGCGGUGGCGGUGGGUCGGCGGGGGCGGCCGCGGCCGCGAGCGGCGCGAAGAAGCGGCUGUCGUUCCCCGCGCAGCUGAGUGCGGCGGCGGAGUACGCGGCGAGCCUGCGGAGCCCGAGCUUCAAGAGCGCGGCGGGGCGGUUCUCGUCGGAGCAGCGGUCGACGGUUUCGUCGUCGUGCGCGGAUAGCGUCGGUGGGGACGUGGUGGUGUCGCCGUCGUCCACCACGGACCUCCGGCGCUGGCUCCGCUGAGCGAGUGGCCGGGGGUAACGGCCGCCGGCGCGUGGCCCCGUCUGACAUGGCCACGUGCUAGCUUGUUCCUGUAUUUUUUUCUUUCUUUCUUGUUUCUGUGUAAUUCAUGGCAGCCUUCUUUUUUGAGCGACGGAUUGGUUUGGAGUU